AUGUCUGCGAAAGCCGUCAGCGAAUAUACGGGUAAAGAGUUACUAUAUCGUCAACUGAAACAUGUGGAUUUCGUGAGUAGACCAGAGGCAGUGACAAUAGCUGAUGGCGAUGAUUUUGAUAUGGCAAUCAGUGGUGCGGUAUGGCUGAAGCAAGGACAGAAAGGUGUUAUCAAACCAGAUCAGUUGAUAAAACGUCGCGGAAAGCAUGGCCUCGUGAAAUGUGGAGAUUUGACUACGAUUCAUGAAUGGUAUAGAGCGAAUAAGGGUAAAAGUGUACAGAUCGGCAAAACAACGGGUCUUUUGCAUAAUUUCAUCAUUGAACCGUUUGUUGAGCACACUCAAAAUGACGAAAUGUAUAUAGCGAUGUUGAGUCGUCGUGAUCAUGACAUUAUUAUGUUCUACGAAAAAGGUGGUGUCGAUGUUGGCGAUAUUGAUACCAAGGCUCGUAAAUUGAUUGUACUAGUGAAACUUGAUGAAGCAUCGAUGACGUUACCCGAAGGUGAACUAGCAAAACUGGUCGAUCCGGUUCCAGCUGAUAAGAAAUCUCAUGUGGCAACCUUUAUCAAAGAACUCUACAAUGUUUAUAAGGAGAAUUUUUUCACAUAUCUUGAGAUUAAUCCACUUGUUGUUGCGGACGGUAAAGUGCACAUUCUUGAUUUGGCUGCUAAACUCGAUGAAACGGCUCUGUUCUUGUGUUCGGAAAAAUGGAAAACACGAACUGGUCAUCCGGUCGUUUUUCCGGCACCGUUCGGUAGAGAUCUGACGAGUGAGGAGCAGUAUAUCGCCGAUUUGGAUGCGAAGACAGGUGCGUCGUUGAAAUUAACGAUUUUGAAUCGCAACGGACGUAUUUGGACGAUGGUGGCUGGCGGGGGUGCAUCGGUUGUUUUUGCGUGCGAGAAUCUGAGUCAUCUGGAAAAUAGAUUGGAUACACUUCAGUUUGAUGACUUCUUCGCUCUUAAGGAUACAGUCUGUGAUUUGGGUGGUGCAAGUGAACUGGCAAAUUAUGGUGAAUAUUCGGGUGAUCCAAGCGAAACACAGACUUUUGAAUAUGCGAAAACUAUUCUUGGUAUUAUGACUGAAGGUGCGCCAAGACCCGAUGGUAAAGUGCUGAUUAUUGGCGGGUCGAUUGCUAAUUUCACCAACGUUUCAAUGACAUUCAAGGGUAUUGUUCGCGCGUUUGAAGCAUUCCAAGAGAAGUUACGCGAACAUAAAGUAACAAUUUAUGUACGACGUGGAGGACCAAACUACCAAGAGGGUUUACGAAAAAUGAAAGAAAGCGGCAUAAAAUUGAAUUUGCCAAUAUACGUCUAUGGUCCAGAAACGCAUAUGACGAGUAUAGUUGCGGCAGCUUUGGGCUUGAAACCUCUACCCGAUACACCGCACGCUCCACAGACAACUGGACAGUUCUUACUGCAACCAGAACGCAAUGUACGUGAUGCCAUCCAUCUCUGUCCAACGGCCGGAACCGUGCCAUCAGCUCCAGUCUCAAAUGUGCCAACAUCGCCACGUCGUAAACAGCCACGAGUUGCGUCAGCUGGUGAUUCCCAAGUGGAAGGCGCUAACGGAGUAAUGAAUGCAAUGGAUUUAUACGGCAGUUUGUUCGAGUCGGAUACGAAGGCGAUCAUUUGGGGACAGCAAAUUAAAGCUGUUCAGGGAAUGUUAGAUUUUGAUUUUGUGUGCGGACGAGAAUGCCCAUCGGUUAUUGCAUCAACUUAUCCGUUCACUGGAGACCACAAACAAAAGUUCUACUUCGGGCAUAAGGAAAUCCUUAUUCCGGCGUAUAAAUCGAUGAAGAGCGCUUUCGUGAGUCAUCCGGAGGCAUCAGUAAUGGUCACAUUCGCUUCACUGCGAUCCGUUUACGAGACCGUUCUUGAGGCUCUGGAAUAUCCACAAAUUCGAGUGAUUGCAAUCAUCGCUGAAGGAGUACCGGAAAACUUGACGAGACGAUUGAUUAAGGUGGCCAACGAGAAGCAGGUCACUAUCAUUGGUCCGGCAACAGUAGGUGGAAUAAAGCCGGGAUGUUUCAAGAUCGGUAAUACAGGUGGUAUGAUGGACAACAUUUUGGCAUCAAAACUCUAUCGACCCGGAAGUGUGGCAUAUGUAUCGAGAUCAGGAGGAAUGUCGAAUGAACUGAAUAAUAUCAUUGGUCAGAAUACCGAUGGUGUAUUUGAAGGAAUCGCUAUUGGUGGUGACCGUUAUCCGGGCAGUACCUAUACUGAUCAUAUUCUGAGAUAUGAAAAGGAUGAGAGAGUAAAAAUGAUGGUGAUGCUGGGCGAAGUUGGCGGUGAAGAGGAGUACAAAAUUGUGAAGGCGUUGAAAGAGAAGAAGAUAACGAAACCGUUGGUUGCAUGGUGCAUUGGAACGUGUGCUGACUAUAUCACUUCUGAGGUUCAAUUCGGUCACGCUGGUGCAUCAGCAAACGCAAAAUCUGAAACAGCUGCAGCUAAGAAUGCGGCAUUGCGAGAGGCUGGAGCCUACGUGCCGGCUUCUUUCGACGAUUUGGGCACUCAAAUUGCGUCUGUCUACAAUGAUCUGUUGGAGAAGGGUGUAAUCAGACCAAAGGAAGAACGGCCACCUCCGGCUGUACCGAUGGAUUAUGCGUGGGCAAGAGAAUUGGGUUUAAUCCGCAAGCCAGCUUCGUUCAUGACAUCGAUAUGCGACGAACGUGGUGAAGAGCUGCUCUAUGCUGGUGUCCCAAUCACCCGUGUGCUGGAACAAGGUUUAGGGAUUGGAGGUGUUCUCGGACUACUUUGGUUCCAGAAAAGACUGCCGGAAUAUGCGAAUAAAUUCAUCGAAAUUUGUUUGAUGUUGACGGCCGAUCACGGACCGGCGGUGAGUGGCGCACAUAACACGAUUGUUUGUGCACGUGCUGGUAAAGACUUGAUAUCGUCGUUGGUAUCGGGCCUGCUUACGAUUGGUGAUCGUUUUGGUGGUGCACUGGACGGUGCAGCACGCCAGUUCAGUGAGGCGGUAGAUAAGGGAUGGAGCCCAAUGCAGUUCGUGAAUGAACAACGCCGAAUCGGGAAACAUAUCAUGGGAAUUGGACAUCGUGUCAAAUCGGUUUGUUUGUGCCAUUAUUUUCAUUGGUUUAACGUAUUCGAAAGGUUGUGA